CGGUCCUGAGUCUCAUCCCUGCCCGCCAGACCCGCUUGCCGCCUGUCCCUGAGCCUGAGACUUACCGCGACUCCCGACUUCCCGAGGCCUGGCCCGUGCCUUGCAUUGUGCCGCCUCUACAUUAGUGGUCCCCGAGGUAUUGUUAUUGCGAGUGUCACUAGUGUCACAGUUGUGGUGUGUGGUGGAAAGAAGAGUCUGAGGAGAGAGAGAGAGGUUGGUGUGAGGAAGAAGAGAGGCGUGGUGUAUCCCCAGGCCAAAGCUCGCUUGUCACCUUUGGACAAAGAAACACCCGCCGCUUGACAGCUGUGUUUGGCGACUGGGCCGAAGUGAAUAGCAGCCGGUAGUGAGUGUAGGGUGUGGCCGUUGUGACACUGACACUGACACCUCCCCGCCAGGAACACCAGUGAGGCACCCUUCCACGAGGCCCUCAAGUGGUGCCCGUCAUCCCACAACUCCCGGGAGGUUAGAGGGGAGCUGCGGCCAGGAGGGUGAAAACCUGUCACCGCCCAUACCCGUGCCAGCCCGCCUUCACCAUGGAUGACUUGGCUACUAACCUGGAGAAACUGCGGGUAGCCUCAGAAGAAACAAACUGUGAACCUUUUGAGAAGCUGAUCAACCAGCUCCAUAACCUAGGUCCAGAAGAUGGUGGGGAUGUGUGUGAGGAGCUAGUGAAUGGGGGAGUUUUGCCUCUGGCACUGGGAGCUAUUCAGGGAUCAAAUGAGGACAUGCAGGCUAAAGGAGCUGAGCUAGUGGCUGAACUGGCUAAGGUUGAGAACUGCCGCCUUGGGUGUGUGACAGGGGGCUUGGUGCCCAUCCUGGUGGAGAAAAUGUCCAGCCCCAGCACCAAGGUUGCCUUGCAAGCCUGUCGAGCCCUUGGCAAUAUCUGCUAUGAGCAUGAUGGUGGUCGAGUGAGUGUCAUGGAGUCUGGAGGUGCUGGGCAGCUGUUAGGCCUGUUGCAGCGUGCUGCUCAGCUUUCAGACAGUCCAGAAGAUCACCAGUUGCGCCUUGUGGCCACUGGCUUCCUCCUCAACCUGCUCAACUCUUAUGAAACGAUGCAGCCUCGUCAGGAUUCAGUGGACCAGUCAAUGGAGGCUGAGCUGGUGGAAGUGUUGUGUCACUAUCUUGACAAGUUUGCCGAAGAUGAGGACAUUCCCACCCAUGUCCUGCUGUCUCUUACCUGCAUGGCUGACACAGAGGUUGGAAAGGGACUGGUGGUGUCCAAAGAUGUAACCCCCCAGUUGGUCCGUGUCCUGAGGAUCAACGAGUCACCAGAGGUGAUUGAGACGUGCCUGGAGCUGAUCACCAACAUAGCUGAGACAGAAUGUGUAAAGACCCAAGUGGCCAAGGGUGGAGUGUGUGAGGCAGUAGUGGAUGUGGUCAGAAGACAUCGUGACACUCCAAGCUCAGACCUCUUUCCUCCCAUCAUCAAGACAGCCACAGACCUUAUUGUGUACAUCCUGGUUGGAGAUGACAGCAUGGGCAUUGUGUACGGUGGAGGCUCUGGUCCAGUUUACCAGGAGUUGGUGGAGUGGCUUACUUCUGAACUAGAAGAUCUCCAAAUUGCUGGAGCUUUAGCUAUGGGGAACUUUGCUCGUAGUGAUGCCCACUGCAUUCAGAUGGUGCAGAGUGGUAUAGCAGAGAAACUAUUAAAGGUACUCUCCAGUCACAACACAGGAGAGGGUGACAUACGCCUCCAGCAUGCACUCCUUUCUGCUCUCCGUAACCUCAGUAUUGCCAAGGAAAACAAACCGGCCCUCAUAUCCCAGAGGGCCCUGGAGGUGCUGCUUCCCAUGGUGGCUACUGUUGAGACCUUCCCAGUGGUGUUCAAGUUGCUGGCUACCUUGCGCAUGAUUAUUGAUGGCCAAACUCAGGCGGCACUCAAGGUUGGGGGUGAUGAAGCAGUGGUGGGGCGGCUGGUAGGCUGGUGUAGCACCACCGACCAUCCUGGUGUGCAGGGGGAGGCAAGCCGCCUGCUGGCCUGGAUCAUCAAGAACUGUGAAGGCAAUGCUGGAGUGGUGACAUCACUGGUAACAGCUGGCUGCAUUGCUCCUCUGGUCCUUAUGCUUGGCUCAGAGCAUGCUGUCAUGGUGAGUGAAGCAGCUCUGGCCCUGACCCUGGCCUUCAGCACUGAACCAGGCAGAGAGGCUGCUGGAUCCACAAAGCUAAAGGAGGUGGCACCUUUUGUACUGAAGAAUCCCUACCUGCCUCCAGAGAUCUUGUGCAAUGUUCUUUCCAUGUUGGUUGCCCUCCUUCCUCUUGAAUCUGCUGUGGAUGCCAUCAAAAGUGACGACCUACAAGGAGCUGUGACAGCACUGACAAACCAUGCAAAUGAAGAAGUGAAAAAGCUGUCUGGAGUUUUAAAAGAAAAAUUAUAAUAACUUUAUGGUCGCAUUGCCAUUCUAGCAAGAUAAAUGCAACUUUGUUAUUAUCAGGAAGCAAGAGGUAAUACUUUUUCUAAACAGUUGUGUAGUUUUCUAUAAGCACUGUAACCUAGUUUAUUGUAAUCCUUUCAUUAUUUAUCAACAAUAAUUUAUUGUUAAAAAUGUUAUACAUUCCUGUAUUUUUCAAAAAUAUGUAUUCAGAAACUAAUGAUUUUGAUUACAUUAAGGUUUUAAGAUUCAGUUUAAUAUCAGGACUCAAACAGUAAACAGUGAAAGGUUUUAAACAAGGUUAUUUCAGCUUUUGGUCUUCUGUUAUAUGUAUCCAUGAAUUUGAGUAGACUUAGUACAUGACUUUAAAUAGCUAUUUGAUUUCAUAUAUCAACACAUCAGUACUAUUUGAUUUCAUAUAUCAACACAUCAUUACUUUGGUCCCUCUAGACUGUAGAGACACAAGGCACGAUGCAUUACCUAUUUCUUCAUUGUUGUAUCUUCAAAACUUCAUGUUUUGUAUCUGUAAGAUCACACAGCUUUGAUCACUUAUUUCAAGAAAGAAUUAUGUGUAUUCUAAAAAGUUAGUUGUUACAAUGGACAUGUGUUUUCCAUUGCUGUGCAUCUUAUUGUCAGCUAGGUUUAAAUGAUGAUCAGCUAUCCUUGUUUUCUAGCUGUACUUUACCUCCAAUUAUAACAUGCAUCCUUUUGAUGUAUGGUAAGCAAGAAAGACACCAUGAAUCUACUUAAUAAUUCCCUGGUAGUUUGCACUAUAAGGGUUAAAGUGACCAACAUACUUUGUAGUUAGGGUUACUUAGACCAGUGGAAGGAGACUGUAAUGAAGUAGCUGUCACCAUAGUGAGAUGGUUUCCAUGCAUUUUGCAAGCUUGGGAGGAGAGUCACUGGCUUUGUGAUAUAUCUAGUUGAGUGUGUUGACAAAGAGCAGUUUGCUCAUAUUAAAUUUUUAUGUAUUAUGUGUCA